AUGCAGGCGAUCCUCUUUCUCUCCCUCGUGUUUGCGGCCACCGUCGCAAUGGCUCUAGAGACGCGGCCCGGCGUUAAGCCGUUCGGCCAGGGUGGCGCCUGUGUCUCGAAGCGCUACAACUCCAACUUCGACGACCGAUCGUUCCUGCCAGGUGUCUCGGUGACCAACUCAAUUGGCACCUACAACGCCCUCGCGUACCAGUCCUUCGUCGGCGUCGACAGCACACUGCCGUCGCCCCUGUCCGUCUCGCUCAACGGCCUGAAGAACCGCUCGCCGCCGAACGUCAUCGCCACGGGUCUCGAGCCUGCCCUCGGCGGCCAGAGAGCGCAGAUCAGCACGCUCUACCCCGACUCGCCCGUCAAGACGUUCAACCUGCACAGCUUCUUCUUCGCCUGCGUCGCGCACACUGGCGAGAGCGCCGUGUCUGCGAUCGUGCCAUGCACCGUGCACGUCGAGGGCUUCGUCAACGGCAAGAAGACCGUCGAGCAGCAGCUCGUCUACCAGCCCAAGAAUCUGCUCAAGGCGCGCAUGCACUACGCCGACUUUGCCGCCUCCGAGUGGUGCGACCUCGACACGGUUACGUUCACCGUGCCGUGCGAGCUGAGCAAGGCGCUUCUGCUCGACAACAUCGACUACACGGUGCACACCUGUGCUGCGCCUCCGGCUGCCUGA